UUGUUUCAUGAUUAUUGUAGGCAGGAGGUACUCCUAGAGGUGGUGGGCCACCGAGAGGUAGGGGUAGAGGUCGAAUAGGUCAGCACGCUUCUGUAAGGGAUGGCGUGGGACCUCCCCCUUCCCGUGGCCGAGGGUUUGGGCGUAUGAGCAGGGGUCGUGGAAGGAGACCCCAACAGUUUGCUCUUAACUCACAACAGCAACAAACUGAGAUUGCACCAAAAGCUCCACAAAAAUCACUUCUUCCAGUCGCUUGGUGUGAUAUAUGUAGGGUGGACUGCAACAGUUUAGAAAUUCUGGAGCAGCACAAAAACGGAAAGCGCCAUAAGAGAACAGUGCUGAGAAUUCAGGAGAUUCAAGCCCAACAGAAGUUGAAUUCUACAGAACUACCAUCCAAGACUGCUGCAAAACCUGUUUUGUUCAUACAAGGGGAAGUUGGAAAUCAGCUCACCAAUGAAGUCAAGAAUGACGUGCUGGAGGAAUCUACAGAAGGCUUUGUUGCAUCAGAAAAUAAUCAACAACAAAUGGGGCAAUCAGUGCCUGCAUCUGAUAUCACAAACACUGGGGGCUUUUUAACUGAUGCUUUACAAGAUGAAACCUUGCCUAUGGAUGGGCUUAUUAAGAAGCGAAAGAUAUCCGGUUAUGAUAAGUGGAGCGGCUCCAAGCAGAAAAUGAUGAGGAUUGGCCGUGGCGGGAAGCACUUCAAAAGCUUCGAUCGAACACAUAAUCGGCCCUUUGAACGUCCCAAAGAUCGCCCCAGAGACCGGCCGAGGGUUUGUACUGUAUGCAAUGUAAUGUGUGAUACAAUGGCUGUCUUUGAGUGCCAUCUCACUGGAAAGAAGCAUAUUUCUCGUAUCAAGCGGUUUGAAGGCCAUGGUUCUGUUUAUGGCCCCAUCAGUGUUUACAUUCCUCCCAACCAACCAACAACCUAUCCAAACAAAGGGCCAGAGCCAUUGUUCUAUGGUCUUCAAACUCUUGAAACUCUGCAACAGGGAGGUCAUGGCGUCUUUCCUCAGCAGAUGGAAUCUGUUGCAGCUCAAGUAGAGGGUUUUGAAGAAGGUGAAGGUGUAGCUGAUGAGCCUGUGGUUAAGCAGAACUUAGGAAACUUUGGAGAAGUAGGCCCUGCAACUAGUGGAGCUGCUGAGUCUAUGGUUGGAAACUUUGGAGAAGUAGGCCCUGCAACUGGUGGUGCUGCUGAGUCUGUGGUUAAGCAGAACUUAGGAAACUUUGGAGAAGUAGGCCCUCCAACUGAUGCAAUUAACGAAGAACGAGUGGUUGCAAUGCAUGAUCUAGAUGAACGAAGCUCCCUUAACGAUCCAAAUGUGGGAGAGACUAAUAAUUCAGCACCAUGUGAUGAUAAUACAAUGAAUAUAACCAUUCUUCCUGCUGUGGCAGAUGUCACUGCACCGGAGUAUGAAGCUUCGAAGGAGUCUGAAAUUGUUGUGCCUGGACUAAAUGCCAAUUCGGAAGAUGCUCUUCCUAGAGGUGAAUGACUGCAAUGCAGGGUUUUCUCAGCAUUGUUACAGUGGAGAGGCAGAACAACAUGACUGCGUUGCUGCUCACGAACCCAACCUUUGUAGGCGUUAGAGACGAGAACGGUUUUCGUGAUUAUAGGAUGCCUUUCAUGCGCACCAUCCAUCUCCCAACCAACCAACCAUCCAUCCAUCCAUCAAUUUGCGCAUGGGUACAUUUACAUUUGUGCCAUAAUAUUAAACAAGUCAAUCUCCGAGGUCAUUUCUGUAAUAGCUAUGUUCUUAACUUUAAUUCCUUCCAUUCAUGUGUCCCAAACAAUUCUGUUGAAUUCCUUAUUUGGAUGGUGGAAUACUUGUGGAUAUAGACCAUUUAUGAACAAUCCACAUAAAUCCUGAUGCUCUUUUUUAGAUGUUUAUUUU